AUGGCGGAGGUGAUCGUGCUGAGCGACAGCAGCGACGCGUCACCCGACUGCGAGAUGGCGCCCGCGUCCGCAUCUGCGUCCCCCGUGACGCCGCGGAGGCCCGCGCAGUCCGUUGGCUACUCGAACGCGGUGGAGGCGGCGCUGGCGAUGGCGGCCGCCUUCGAGACGCACACGCCCGGUAGUAAGGCGAAGAAGAGGAAGAAGGAAAAGGAGAAGAAGCGGCGCGUCACGCCUGCGCCUCCGCUGCUCUCUGAGCACCGCCGCCGCCGCCGCGCUGCUGCCGUUGAAGCGAUCCGACGUCCAAGCAGUAAAGCCGCAGGGAAGAGCAACGGCAAGGCUCCAUUGAAGAGGAUACGAAGACCCAAGGAUACCAGUAAGCAGCCUCGCGUGGAGAAGCGACAGAGAGAACGGGCUACGUCACGAGUUCCAGCUGCAAAACCGAAGCCGGUGGAGGUCGUGGACCUGUUGUCUUCUUCUUCGUCAUCGUCGUCUUCUUCGUCAUCCAGCUUGUCGGAUUCCUCUAUUGGCGGCCGGACUCGAUCGUUUUCGUUUUCUUCCCUGUCGUCGUCCGGUGAGGACUCACCGAAAUUGCCUGUGAAGACUGGAGACAAGCGGCUGGUGCUGAACGAUCUACCAACUCGGCCGCAAAUUUCGUCCCGAGAAGAUAAGAAGGUCGCGGGUAGAGGGGCAGCGACACCGCGUGAAUGCAAACGCAAGCGUGUACUGCCGCAUAUGCGGCGGAAGAUGGCUGGUGGCGCCCAAGAGCGAGGCAAGUUGCCCGAUGUCGGAGAGACGAAGAAGACACUUCAUCCCAAGAAGCCUGUGACAAACGAUGCGCGACAGGGGGGUUCUGUAUCGAAACCUGCGCUUGCUACGCCGAGUUCCCCACUGUCGAUAUCGUCAUCUUCAUCGAUUUCGUCGUCACCGACCUCGUCACCUGCGCUGUCGCCUACUUCGUCGCCGAGACUGCUGCCCUCGAGGAAGUCCGCAACAGCUCUGUUUCCCGUAUCAACGGACCCCAGUCGCGACGGAAAGACAGACGCGCUCGGUCGAUACCAGUGCCGCAAGUCUGCCCCGGCUAGUGCUAUAUCCUGUCGCAAGCCGAAGUCCCGCCCACCCCCAGCAGCUUCUGCACAGCCACUGGCAUCACCGUCGCCAUCACCUUCGCCGAGGAAGAAGCGGCGAGUGGCAGCCAGCUCGUUCUUUGACAUGGAUCGGGUUGCGCUGGACGACCUUCAGGCUCAAGAGCGAGAAUUAGCUUGGAUCCGAUCUCAUCGGAAGCAGGCGCAAGCUCAAUCGCACCCCCCAAAGCCUGCUGCCAAGAAAAAGAAGAAAAAGUCCCCCGAAGUGAUAAGCGUUGACGAACACUCGGAUACGAACAGUACGGCAUUCUCGGAAGACAAUCAACAGAGUGACCGGCUCACUGGUGGAGCUGACGUCCAUGUAAAUCCUUCCGUCGCUGCCAAACUACUCACCGCCAACGCGCCCUCUCGUGCAUUGCUUCACCCGACGUCAUACCGAGGUGUUUACCUGCGCGAGGCUCCGUUAAAUAUCCUCCCGUUGCGCAGCAUUUCGUUUGAUACAAGAUACGACCAUCCGCUCACGUAUUAUGACCAAACCGACACGCUGGCAUCUCAGUGCGCAAUUCUAGAGAACUUCGGCAAGUCGACACAGUGCAUUUCGUCUGUGUUCCCUAGCGAGGUGGCCAAGCCUCAGAGUGACGUUACUCGUGCAGUGGGCGCCUUAGUGUCUGCGCACCUUCCUGUCAUCCGCAGCUGUCAUAAACGAAAGGUGCAAGCAAUUUUGGCAGAAGCUCGUCAGAAAAUUUUCGCGUAUCAGGAUGCACUGCAGAAGAAUAGACGAGUUCUUUGCCAGCAAAACGUGAUGCCGCGUGUACUGCCUCGCAGUGCCGCGGAAAAGCACGCUGUGAGGAAACUUAAAAUCACGCAUCGCUCUUGUAGCAUGGAUGCUGGGAGUGUUUCUUUUCGGAUCGGCCAUGGUGAUGGAUUUGUGCGCGAGAAAACCAUCUCAUCGCUGAUCCAGAUCAACCGGGUCGAAGAGGUUCAGCCAUUGCGAAGAUACACGACCAGCAUUGGACUCCGCGCAAACUAUCGCGUUGACGACGAUCCUAUCCUGCGUUACACAGCUAUUACACGACCAAACAGCGGGAGUGGCGGUGAUGACGCCGCGAAGAAGUACGCCCUGAAAAUUGGGAAUGUGGCUGACGAAGAGGUAGCUGAAUUCGUGUUACGACUGGUGGUGGGUUGUCUUGGCGACUCCGAACAGGUGUUCCAGGCGCUAAAGACUGAGCUGGACUUUUCGCAGGCGUACACUGCUUACUGUGAGCUGAAGAAACUGCACGAUUCGCGGCAGCGAGCGGAAGCCAGGAUCGAACGCAUAGAGGAACUAAGUCAUGAUGGAGCGCAGGUUGCGGACCCCGAUGUUGCAGCCAUUGUGAAGUUGAUGGAGCAGUCAUCACUGUCAAAGAGAACCCGCAGAAAAGUUUUGAGCCGCCGAUUGCAGCCGCCGAUCCGAAGCCUCGUUUCUAGCUUUGUGGACAGCGUGUUGGAUGAAGCAGUGGCGGGUAUGGCAGCGCUGGGCUUACGAACGACGGACAGCUAUGCCGAACUGGUGGACGUGUAUUGCGGCUCCUUCUGCCGGAUGUGCUACAGAUACGCUUGUCACGAACACGGCGGUGACCACCCACUACCAGCCAGGCGUGUAGAUCCUGUGUACCCUCGGCUUUGGUCUGCAGCUCCUAGUGUUCAGGGCAUUGGAAACGUGGACGAAGUGGAUCUGUUGGAUUUGUCAGAGGAUGAAGUUGUUUGUUUGGGCACGGAGCUGAACGGCGAGGUGAAGCUCGCAAGUGCGGCAGAUAUGCGCGGCAAUGCGCAAUGCGGAUCUUCCGCGAUGAAUUCUGCCUCGAAGAAGAGUGCUAGCGUCAUCGGGAGUGAUGGACAUAUGAACGCGAAACAACAGCGGAGAGUACUCGCUGACCCAUCGGAGUUCGUCAAUGAUUCGCACGUGCCGAUGGUUACAACGAAAAUGCGAUUGUUCCUCUCCAAGGGCAGUGCCUGUAGCAAGCUGUGCUGGAAGAAUGAUGAUCGCGUUACCAGCAACAAGCGAGCAUCGUUGUCAGCAGCCGAGCUGGGUGUGGUGCGGAAACUACGUGAAACAAUGGGCGACAACUCGUGCUUGCUGGCGGCCGUCGUCGGCUCGGCCUCCUGCACUGAUCUGCACGAGCUGAUCAGAAAUGACAAAGCGAAUGACCAGCGCCCGAUGGCGGAUGGAAGGUCGGGUCGCCGUAUGCGUAGCUGGAAGCAAGGCCGCAGAUCAGGUGGGAGCAACCAUGAGUUGCUGCAGAGGACUCGCAACCAGCGUCUCCAGGACCGAGGCACAGAGAACCAUGAGUACAAGCCGUGCAUGCACGACGGAAUGUGCGACUCAACUGGGUGCUCGUGCAUGAAGCGCGACCAUAUGUGCGAGAAGGCGUGCGCCUGCUCUCGUGACUGUCCGAAUAGGUUCGAAGGCUGUACAUGUUCUCAUGGCGAGUGCCAGACAAACAAGUGCCCAUGUUUUGCCGCACUCCGCGAGUGUGACCCAGACGUUUGCGUGUCCUGCGGAGCGUGUGAGCUGGCUAUCGACAUUGCGAAUGAUGCUUUGGCGAAUAGCAACUUUUCUUCAAUUCACGGAUACGGCAUGUACGCUCAAGAGGCAAUCACGGCGAACCAGUUUGUGUACGAGUACACAGGCGCAAUGCUGUCACAGGACGAGGCUGAGCGACGUGGGCUCAUUUAUGACAAGAUGGAAAUGAGCUACCUGUUCGAUCUGAACGAAGACGCAGUACUGGAUGCACUCCGCAACGGAAACAAAAGCAAGUUCAUAAAUCACGAUGGUGACGCUCCCAACUGCACGGCCAAGGUUGUAAGCGUAUGUGGUGUGCACCACAUAAGUAUUUGGGCACUGCGCGAUAUUGCUAUUGGUGAGGAGCUGGUUUUCGACUAUGGCUACAAGCGGAGUGUUGGUCCUGAUUGGAGUCAGUGUCGUGCUGCAUCAAAGGAUACAACUUAA